AUGGCAUCCAGCAGUAACGGCAAUAAUCAAGAAGAAAUUAAAUGCGAAUUCCUCGUCAAAGAAGGUCGCUAUAAAGUAUCGCCAUUAUCUGCGUCCUACAGCUACCAAAAAACUACUUACCAGACAAACCACGGUAAUCCGGUCAAACUUUCCAUGGUAACUUCCAAUUGCGAAGGAGGCCUUUAUGGUAGAUUAGUCUAUAACUAUGGUCGUGAGUUAUUCACUUUCGCAUAUAAAGAAAGUACUCGCCAGGAUACCGAUAACAAAAUCUUAGAUAAAAAGGCAUACAAGAGCGCGAUACCUUUAUGCCAUGACUUUAACUUAAUCACCAGAAGCCCAGAUACCUUAAAUUUAAUCGUCGGUUUCAAUACUGGCCAAAUGCAGCUAAUCAACGUUGUCAAAUAUGAAAUUAUGAAAAACUUUAAUGAGAGCCGUAAUAUUGAUAAUAGUAAAAUAACAUGUAUUAAAUGGAUACCAGGAAAGGACAAUUUAUUUAUAGCAUCUUACUUUAGUGGAAAUAUAUAUAUGUAUGAUGAUAAUUUGCCGUGCAGCAAUGGACCUAUAACAUAUUCAGUUGUUAAAGAAAGCGAUGACUUCAGUGUAUAUACAAGCAAAAGCAAAUUGCAGCAGCGUAAUCCUAUUUAUAAGUGGACCAUUGGUAAAGGUGCUGUGAAUGACAUGGCUUUUUCGCCAGACUGCCGUCACUUAGCCACGGUGAGCCAAGAUGGAUUUAUGAGAGUGAUCAAUUACGAAACAAAUACUGUUAUAUCAACUAUGAAAAGUUACUUUGGAGGAUUACUGUGUGUAGCUUGGAGCUCAGAUGGCAAGUGCGUCGCAACUGGUGGUGAAGAUGAUCUUGUUACGGUUUGGUCAUUUACUGAAGGUGUAGUUAUCGCAAGAUGUGAUGGCCAUCGCUCAUGGGUGAACGCUGUAGCUUUUGAUCCCUAUACUAUUUUUGUUACUAAUAGAGAUGAUGCUAGCUUCAGUGGUAGCGAGGAUGAAGCAAAUGUAAAUUGUCAUAGAAACGGUAGCAACGAGGUUGAAAAUUCCAAUGUGCUAUCAUAUCGUAUCGGUUCUGUCGGACAAGAUACCCAAUUCCUGUUAUGGGAUAUCGGAGAGGAUAUCCUCACUUCUGAAAGACACAGGAAACAGCCUCAAACGGUUACUGUUAACUCUAACACAAAUAGUAAUUCUAAUACUAUCUCUAGAGCUUCUAUCAACGAUUUAAAAAUUGAUGGAAUUAGCGACUAUUCAAAUAAAUCAGAUAGCUCAAGCUCUAAUAAUAAAUCAGAUCAUAGUCAUAAUAACAGUAAUAACAGCAAUAAUAAUAAUAACAACAAUAAUACUUCCAUUACUACUACUACUAAUAAUAAUGAAUCAACUUCAAUUAACAUACAAUAUCAAUGCCCAAGUAUUACCGAAAUUCCAUUAAUUGAACCAAUAGUAGCAAGGAAAAUCGCUCAUGAACGUGUUACGUCUUUAGCCUUCACGGAAGAUUGUAUAACAUGUGCUAGCCAAGAUGGUCAAAUUACUAUUUGGAUUAGACCAAACAUUGUUAGUACUCAACUGUAG